AUGGAUUUUCGUACAGUAUGUGAAGCUGAAUUUCCUGUUGAAAUUACUGCGGAUUAUGUAGCACGACAUUAUUCAGAUCCAAACGAAAUAAGUACACGAAGAAAUAUGAUAUUAGCUGCUAAACAAUUAGUUCAAGAAUUUAGUGAUUUACUUAAACAAGAUCGAUCACCUGUUAAUGUUGCAUCAUCAACAAGUAAUAAUACUAGUUCAACAAAUUCUCGACAUACAUCUAGUUCAUCACUUAUAUCUCAUCAUCGUUUAUCUACAAUUCCGCCUACACUUGAUCCAUCUGUUCAACAUUCAUUAUCAAGAUUUUCUCUUAUAACACAUGGUUUUGGUGCACCGGCAAUAACAACUGCUGUAGAUGUUUUUCAAACAUUUUUUAAAUGA